CCCCGAGCCUGCGCACUCGCGCGCACGCCGGGCCUUCUCGUUCCCGUGCUUUGGCUGACGAGGAAGCUCCCGACGCCGCCGAGCCAUAGACUGCUCCUGGGGUGGGGCUGCGCGGAUGAGCGCCCAUGAGAGUGUGACAGGCUCUUGCCUCCAGAAUAUGAUGGCCAGUCACCUUGUAAAACCUGAUACUAGAAAUUGCAAGAGACCAAGAGAGUUGGAGCCUCAAAUGCCAGAUAGUCCACAACUGUCCUCUCUUGGAAAAUCAGAUUCUUCUUUCUCUGAAAGCUCUGGACUAUUUUAUAAAGAUGAAGCCCUGGAGAAAGAUUUGAAUGAUAUGAGCAAGGAAAUUAAUCUAAUGUUGUCUACAUAUGCAAAGAUCUUAAGUGAGAGAGCAGCAGUAGAUGCAUCGUAUAUUGACGAGAUAGAUGGACUCUUCAAAGAAGCCAAUACUAUUGAAAACUUCCUAAUACAGAAAAGAGAGCUCCUGAGACAGAGGUUUACAGUGAUUGCAAACACACUACACAGAUAA